AUGGAAUACCUCAUCCGCUUCGCCCAAACCCACGAGCCCUUCCGGAAACCGGAACUUCAGGCGCUUGCGAGUUUGCACAAUAUCGAUCUCGAGAUCAUUUCCUAUGACCAAAUAUCUCCAUACUGCGUCGUCCGUCUCCCAAGUGAAGAAGCAGCGCGAACCCUCAUCUCUCGCAGCAUCCUAGCAAGAGAUGUCUUCGAGCUCUGGGGCCACGGCACCACCUAUGAGGACCUGCACGCCGACGUCCGCAGGCGGACGCAGCACCUCUGGGAGCAGUACGAGCAAGUCUCGUUCAAGUUCAACGUGGACAGUUUCGCGGGCAAGCGCAGCUCGACUCAAAAGACAGAGAUCAUCCAGUCCUUUUCUUACAUGGCUUUUAAGGGUCCAAUCAGGCUGAAGAACCCCGAUGAGGACUUCUGGGUCAUGGAGCAGUUUUAUGAUCGCACGCAUAAUCCUUUCCUUGCUGCUGGUGCCUCGCACCCCCCGCCGCUGACAGGGCCGGAUGCGCUUCCGGUGAAUAUAUACCUGGCGCGUAAGCUUGGAGAGAGCAGUCGUGAGGUCGUGAACAAGUAUGACCUGAAGAAGCGGCGGUACAUCAGCACUACGUCUAUGGAUGCGGAGUUGACUCUGAUCACUGCUAAUAUGGCUCAUGCGGCGCCUGGGAAGUUGAUUUAUGAUCCCUUCGUCGGAACUGGUAGUUUCAGUGUUGCGGCAGCUCAUUUCGGUGCCAUCACGCUGGGUUCUGACAUUGAUGGGCGAAGCUUCCGUGGGAAAGAAAUGGACAAGUGGAAGAUGACGGGUGUGCAGCUUAACUUCCAGCAGUACGGAAUUAGCAGCCAGUUUGGGGAUUGCUUUACUUCGGAUUUGACAAAUACGCCACUGCUGGACCGGCAAUUCUUGGACGGCAUUGUCUGUGAUCCCCCAUACGGCGUCCGUGAAGGUCUUCGAGUACUGGGGAUGCGAGAUACCCACCGUCGCAAGGAGGAGCUCAUUAUUGACGGUCUCCCUGCGCAUCUUCGACCCGGCUACAUAGCGCCCAAGAAGCCCUAUGGCUUUGAAGCAAUGAUGAACGACAUCCUCGCCUUUGCCGCACGUACGCUCGUCACUGAUGGUCGCUUAUGCAUGUGGAUGCCUACAUCCAUUGAAGAAGGAACAGAGGUUUCUAUCCCCAUGCACGAGAAUCUUGAGGUCCUCAGCGUUUCCGUCCAGCCGUUCAAUAACUGGUCACGACGUUUGAUUACGUACCGGAGACUCCCAGAGGGCGUGCUGUCGGACGUAUCAACGGGACGUCGAAAGGAAGAUGAAGCUGGCGUCAAUGCUGAUGACUUGAACGCCUUCAGGAGAAAUUAUUUCUCAAAAAAGCCACCGCAGAAGAAAAGCCCUAUCCCGGCUCCCCAAUGA